CUCAGGUUUUCAUCUGAAGCCAACAACCAGAACACAAGCAAGAUGAUUUUCUCUGAUGCUGAGAAGGCUGCAAUUGUGUCCCUCUGGGCAAAAGCAUCUGCUGAUGUCAAAGCCCUUGGUGCUGAAGCUUUGGAAAGGCUAUUUCUGAGCUACCCUCAGACUAAGACUUACUUCAAUCUGAGCUCUGGAUCUCAAGAUAUCCAGGUUCAUGGAGGAAAGGUCCUGGGUGCUAUUGGAGAGGCCACCAAACACCUGGACAACCUGGAUACUGCUCUGUCCAAGCUGAGUGACCUGCAUGCUUACAACCUGAGCGUAGAUCCUGGAAACUUUGGGCUGCUGUCCCACACUAUCCAGGUGACUCUGGCUGCCCACUUCCCGGAUGAAUUUGAUGCCACAGCCCAGGCUGCUUGGGACAAGUUCCUUGCCGCCAUCUCCACUGUUCUUACCUCCAAGCACAGAUAAGCCUGUGACAAUAACACAUCACAUCUAUGGACCAUUUCCAGCAAAUCUAUGUCCUGUUCAUUGAAACUUUAAUAAAACUGUUCUCUUGUAAACGAGUUUGUGUCUAUUAGAUGAAGUAGAUGCAAACAAUGUGAUAUAAUUAUUUUUUGUAGGAAGAGCUGCACUGAAUCUCUUUGAGGUUCAAAUACCCAUAUUAUAACAUAUCAAAUAACAAUUGGUAAAACAACUGCACAGAAAGGGGGAGUAUGAAGUGUUAUUUAGCAUUAUGCAGUCGCAAUUUUUAAUGUCAUCUAAUGUAGAUUAGAACAAAAAUUCUAGUACAUUUCACUGUUACAACAAUGAGCAACAAAGACUGAAUGUGCCCAGUGAAGCCUUGGGGCGCCUGUUAGAGGUGGUACAAUUGUAUAGGGCCCCAUCAUUGUAAAGGCCCUAAAAACAAUAUUUAUUACUGUUAAGUAUGUCAAAGGGGGUUCUAAAUGCUUUCUUGUAUUGCCACUACCUCUAAAAUGUAUUUGAUGGUGGCCCUGAAUGUGUUGGGUAUAGCAGGCACAGGACAAUAACCUGGCAUUCUGACUAAAUAGCAUGUAACACCAUGUUUUCAUUAUUUAAACCGUAAUUAAAUCCAACAUUAAGUGUGUGUGAAUAUAUUCUUUAUUUGAAGCUUCAAAUAAAGAUUCUUUCAAACUGGAA